UUGGGGGUCCUUAGGAGCGAGACGGGGCUCCCUUGGUGCGAGGGUGGGGGGCUUGGGCGACUGAGGCUGCGCCGUCCCUUGGCGGUUGCGUCUGAGGCGGUGCUGGGAAGGACAGGUGUGGCCUUUGGGUCCAGAAGCGGUUCGGGAAUCGGACGGCCAGGGUGGGCCCGAGAUGGUAGCGGCGUUGUGGGCUGGGGGUUGGCGGGGCUCCCCCGGCUAGAAAGGCAUCUUCCAAUAUGAGACUUCAUUGAAAAUCUGCUGCUGAGUGUAGCCACCUUCAUGGAUGAUUUUGGUCGGAUCCGGGUAACUUGCGGCGCUUCCGUUGGCUGCUUCAGCCUGCACUUUGAUGUUACGGAGACGGCUUCUGUCCCUAAACCGCGUGACCCAACUUGUGCUUGCUUCCGCCUUUCCCCGUCUCUCUCAGUCUUUAUAGAACUGAACAGACUUGUAGCCGCGUUCGCUGUUUCGCUUUCCUGUCUCGUUUGCUCACUGGAAUAGUGCUUUUCCUUUCCCAUUGCGCUCACAGCUUGGCUGAGUGGCGCAUUCCUCAGGAAAUUAUCUCUGGUUUUUGAUGUAAAGUGACAGAUUUGCAACUCUUCUUUUUACUUGAACACUUAGAGACCAUUAUAUGGUUUUUUUUUUUGGUUUUUUUUUUUUGAGAGGGAGUUUCGCUCUUGUUACCCAGGCUGGAGUGCAAUGGUGUGAUCUCGGCUCACCGCAACCUCCGCCUCCUGGGUUCAGGCAAUUCUCCUGCCUCAGCCUCCCAAGUAGCUGGGACUACAGGCACGCGCCACCAUGGCCAGCUAAUUUUUUGUAUUUUUAGUAGAGACGGGUUUCACCAUGUUGACCAGAAUGGUCUCGAUCUCUUGACCUCGUGAUCCACCCACCUCGGCCUCCCAAAGUGCUGGCAUUAAAGGCGUGAGCCACCGCGCCCGGCCCAUUAUAUGGUUAUUAAUUGUCCUAAUUUUAAAGUUUUUGUGACUCAGAGAAUAAGGGAGUUGAGGGGAGAGAGAGGCAGGGAAAUGGCCAGUCCAUGGAGCAGUCAGAACAUGGGCAACAUUCCUCACUUUAGUUUGUCGUUUUAUAUGAGUGUGAUUUGUAGCACCCUCCGCUCAAACAAUUAAAAUAGUGACAUCGAAAAGUACUGAUCCCAUUGGCUGGAUGCAGUGGCUCACGCCUCUAAUCCCAGCACUUUGGGAGGCUGAGGUGGGCAGAUCACCUAAGGUCAGGAGUUCGAGACCAGCCUGGGCAACAUGAUGAAACCCCCUCUCUACUAAAAGUAGAAAAAUUACCCCGGCGUGGUGGUGUGUGCCCAUAGUUCCAGCUACUUGGGAGGCUGAGGCAGGAGAAUUGCUUGAACCCAGGAGGCAGAGGUUGCUGUGAGCUGAGAUUGUGCCACUGAACUCCAGCUUGGGCUCCAUCUAAAAAAAAAAAAAAGUAAACCACAGAUCACUAUAAAUGGAUAUAACAGUAAAAAAGUUUAAAAUAUUGUGAGAUAAAAUGAGCACAUGCUGUUGGAAAAUCAUGCUGAUAGACUUGCCCCACAUGGUUGCUGAAAACCUUCAAUUUGUGGAAAACACAGUAUUUGGUAAUCCUAGUGAAGUGAAGCACAGUAAAACAAGGUUGUAUUGCUUUGACUCCAUAUGAAAUUUAAAGUCUUUUUUUUUUCUAAUUCUCUUAAGGAUGUCCAUGAUAGUUUGAUGGGAAUAGCAUUGAAUUAAUUACUUUGGGCGGUGUGACCAUUUUCAUGAUACUGAUUCUGUCCAUGAAGAUGGAAUGUUUUUGCGUUUGUUUGUGUCCUCUCUGAUUUCCUUGAGCAGUGGUUUGUAGUUUUCCUUGAAGAGGUCUUUCAUGUCCCUCCUUAGCUGUAUUCUUCGGUGUUUUAUUCUCUUGUAGCAAUUGUGAAUGGGAGUUCAUGAUUUGGCUCUCUGCUUGUCUAUUUAUUGUUGGUGUAUAGGAAUGCUUGUGAUUUUUGCACAUCGAUUUUGUAUCAAGCUUUUUUUUUGUAUGAAGCUUUUGGGUUGAGAUGAUGGGGUUUUCUAAAUACAGGAUCACAUUGUCCACAAACAGGCAAUUUGACGUCCUCUCUUUCUAUUUGAAUACUCUUUAUUUUUUUUCUUUUGCCUGAUUGCCCCGGCCAGAACUCCCAAUACUGUGUUGAAUGGGAGUGGUGAGAGGGCAUCCUUGUCUUCUGCCAGUUUUCAAGGGGAAUGCUUCCAGCUCUUGGUAAUUCAGUAUGAUAUUCACUGUAUUUCAUUCUACCCUCAUUUAUUUCUUGGACUGGAGCUCUCUCAAACCAAGUCUGUCACCACACUUGAUGUCUAGAAAUAUGCUGGUGGUCUCUUCUUGGUAUUUCAGAAAGAAUUUGCCCAUGUAUUUCUGCCUUAAAAGAAAGAUGAAAAAAAAAAUUGGCUUUGAGAAUGCCAGUAGAUUCCAGGAAUGUUGUUUGACUUUUUGACUAGUGUUUCUGUUUUGCCGCAAUUAAAUAAAACUCCUGUUUGUUGUUAAGAUUCCUUAAGAUUAGGAACUGCAAUUUACAACAAAUGCUAUUUUAGAAAACUUUGCCGUGAACAAGCCUAUCCUUUUUUCUACAGUACUUUCUGUGGCUUGCAUGAGCCCAAGUGGUUAAUAUUACAGUUUUUCCCAGUUAAUAACCUGUUCUUGAAAAUCAUAAAAGUCCUUUUUUGUUCUUUCCUUUUUGUUUUGUUUUAGAGACAGUCUCACUUUUGUCACCCGAGCUGGAAUUCAGUGGUGGGAUGAGUCACAGUUUCAAGGGGAAUGCUUCCAGCUUUUGCCCAUUCAGUGUGAUAUUGGCUGUGGGUUUGUCAUAAAUAGCUCUUAUUAUUUUGAGACAUGUUCCAUCAAUACCUAGUUUAUUGAGCGUUUUAACAUGAAGGGACGUUGAAUUUAUCGGAGGCCUUUUCUGCAUCUAUUGAGAUAAUAGUCGUUUUUGUCACUGGUUCUGUUUAUGUGAUGGAUUACGUUUAUUGAUUUGCACAUGUUAAACCAGCCUUGCAUCCCAGGGAUGAAGCUGACUUGAUCGUGUCGGAUGACCUUUCUGAUGUGCUGCUGGAUUCAGUUUGCCAGUAUUUUACUGAGGAUUUUUUUUUUUUUUUUUUUGAGAUGGAGUCUUGCCGUGUUGCCCAGGCUGGAGUGCAGUGGCACGAUCUUGGCUCAUUGUAACCUCCACCUCCCAGAUUCAACUGAUUCUCCUGCCUCAGCCUCCCGAGUAGCUGGGAUUACAGGCGUGUGCCACCAUGCCCAGCUAUUUUUUUUUUUUGAGAUGCAGUUUCGCUCUUGUUACCCCGGCUGGAGUGCAAUGGCACGAUCUCGGCUCACCGCAACCUCCGCCUCCUGGGUUCAGGCAAUUCUCCUGCCUCAGCCUCCUGAGUAGCUGGGAUUACAGGCACGCGCCACCAUGCCCAGCUAAUUUUUUGUAAUUUUAGUAGAGACGGGGUUUCACCAUGUUAACCAGGAUGGUCUCAAUCUCUUGACCUCGUGAUCCACCCGCCUCGGCCUCCCAAAGUGCUGGGAUUAUAGGUGUUAGCCACGGCGCCCGGCCAUCUGCCUUAAUUUCAUUAUUUUCCCAGGAAUCAUUCAGGAGCAGGUCCUUCCAUUUCCAUGUAGUUGUGUGGGUUUGAGUGAGUUUCUUAAUCCUGAGUUCUAAUUUGAUUAAUGUUCAGUAGAAAGUCCCGCCACCUUUCCCCCAGGCUUCUUGCCCGCCACCAUCCCCCCAGGCUUCCUGCUGCCGGGAGGACAGCCCCCAGGUGCUGCUUUGUUCUGCCCGACAACAAGCAGCAGCCAAUCACCACGGUAGAACAGCCCGCCAAGCCCCGGCCAAUCCUCAAUCGACACAUAACCCUCUCAGCUACCCCAGCAGUCUGCCCAGAGACGGACAGCCUAUCCUAGGCUCCCAUGACACACCGUCAGCCCUGUGCCCACGCCCCGUCCACCCCCUAUAAAAUCCUCCUACCCCAGCUACGCAGCCGCAGCCAGCCCAGAUCCUCUUCCUUCCCUGGCCUGCCCGCUGGUCUCAAUAAACCUGAAUUCGGCUUCCAACUCUCGAGCUGUUACUUGGGAUCGGGUACCGGGCAGGGGUCUACAAGGGGUCGCACAUUUGGUGCCGAAACCCAGGAGCGAGGGUCGCUAGCCCCCCUAGCGACCCCCUCCCUCCAGCAACCUCUCCAGCCCUCCUCCAAUUUGGCCUCAGCACUCCGGACCAGGCUGGAUCGAAGCUUUUCCCACCACUUCGGAGUCCACCGACACUGUUGCUGCCCAUCUCAUCCAGGACAUCAUCCCUCGGUUUGGGCUUCCAGCCACUAUUCAGUCAGACAACGGCCCAGCCUUUGUCUCCAAAGUUACUAAUGCUGUCUGUGCUUCCUUAGGAAUUCAGUGGAAGCUGCAUGCGGCCUACCACCCCCCAGUCAUCGGGUAAGGUAGAACGGGCUAACGGACUCAUCAAGUAUCAGCUUACCAAACUCUCUCUCGAGCUUAAGCAGUCGUGGGUCUCUUUACUACCGUUAGCUCUUACCAGGCUGCGGGCCCGCCCCCGAGGAGCCUCACAGCUCAGUCCAUUCGAGCUCCUAUACGGGCGACCCUUCCUGCUAUCCACUCCACCUUCUCCGGAGAGUUCCCCCCUGAACACCUACCUUCCCUAUUUUACUCUCCUCAGACAUCUACUCAGGGAACACGCCAACGCUUCCAUACCCCAAACCUCAGAAAUUUCACCCGCUCUGGGAAAGGUUGCUCCCGGUGACUCCAUUUUCAUUAAAUCUCUCACUCCAAAACCCCUCUCACCCCGGUGGGAAGGGCCCUAUACUGUCAUUUUAGCUACCCCAACGGCCAUCAAAGUUGCUCAGAUUCCAUCUUGGGUCCAUCUCUCAAGAGUAAAAAAGUAUCCCGAUGGCCCUUCCAGUUCCCGUUGGGAGUGUGUUCCUACUGGUCCUCUAUCACUUAAGCUCUUUAAGCCCUGAAUUGUCCCUAGCUAACCCACAGUAUGUCUGGAGAUUUUUUCUCACUGAAAAUUAUACCAAAACUACCGAGAUUUGCUCAACCCCUCCUUACUCUCAUAACCACCUCUUAACCACGACAGAUUGCCCCACCACAGGAUGUGCAUUUCCCAUCCAACUAAACUUCUCCAACCUUAACAACGUCCACAACACCCACCCAUUGCUGUGCCUUCACUUUAGACAGAAAGGUGACUGCCAGACCUCCAGUUGGCACUCUUGUCUGGGAUGUGUUUGGGGCACCUGUCAGCUUGACCCCACAGCUGAUGAAGACGAGCAGGAAGGCCGCCACCCUUCCCUCCUUAAGAGAACCAAAAAAUUUGACUCAGAAGGCAAUCCCAGCAAAGAAACCCAGCUUACUCUAACCAUUACAGAUCCCUGGGACGAUAGGUGGAAAACACCUCAAAAAGCCUCAGUCUAUGAGGACAGCACCACAAGUUAUCCGUCCUCACACUUAUAUAUCUGGCGAGCAUAUGUCCUCACUUCUCCAGAAAUCCACAACACGAUCCAAGUACAAGAAACUACAUUAAAAACUCAGCUAACCCCCUUCUCGUGGUUAACCCUCAUGAGAGAAGGCCUAAAGCUUGCCAAUCAGACAGGGCUGACCAAUCUGACCUCUUGCCUCCUUUGUGCGACUCUUGGACAAACUCCUCUAGUCGCAGUCCCGACCAUGUUUCCUACAAAUCACACCAACGGGACAGGCCGACACCCCCCAAUCCCAGAUGUCCCACUCUUCUACCUCAACACUUCACUCUUUCCGGCCUGCUACUCUUCUCAGGGCUCAGACCCCACAUGUAACAGGACCCAACAGCUCACAACCAAUCUAACAGCUCCUCGAGGCUUUUACUUUUGGUGCAACGGUACCCUGUCCAAACUACUAACCCAGUCCGACCUUAGAGGACGUUCCCGCUGUCUCCCUGUCGCCUUGGUCCCACGCCUCACUGUCUAUACACCAGCUGAGUUCCUUAUGAUGCACACUAGCAUGCCUUCCGCACGCCCCAGCUCCCAUCGUCAACGAAGAGCUGCCUUUCUUCCCAUAGCUAUCGGGCUCUCCCUCGCAGGAUCCGCGGCUGCUCCAGGCCUAGGAAGUGGGGCCCUGAUUAAUACUCACCAGGCCCUAGCCCGCCUUUCCUCACAGCUACAGACUGCAAUUGAUGACUCUGCUGCCUCCCUAGCAUCUCUCCAACGACAGGUCACUUCGGUUGCCCAAGUAGCCCUACAAAACCGAAGGGCUCUGGACCUGCUUACGGCCGAGCGAGGAGGGACCUGCAUCUUCUUACAGGAAGAAUGUUGCUACUACAUCAAUGAAUCUGGAAUAGUAGAAACCCGUAUCGAAAAUCUCCAGAAAAUUAAGACAGAGCUACAAAAUCACAAGUUCACCACCGAAGCCACCACAUGGUGGUCGUCAUCCAUGUACACCCUCCUAUCCCCACUGAUAGGGCCUCUGCUUAUCAUCUGCCUUUUCUUACUUGUCGCCCCGUGUUUCUUUCAGUUUUUGCAGCGCCGUUUCCAGGAGCUUACCCGGAUCACUAUCAACCAGAUGAUGCUACAAUCAGUCCCCAACCACCCAGAUUGCGCAUAUACCCCACUACCGACCUCCCAGGCUCCUUAAAGACCCCACUCCGCCCCUGUCCAGCAGGAAGUAGCCAGAACGACUCCGCCGCCCUUUGUCCUUUUUUAAGGAGUUGGGAAUGUUCGGUAGAAAGUCCCGCCACCUUUCCCCCAGGCUUCUUGCCCGCCACCCUCCCCCCAGGCUUCCUGCUGCCCGGAGGAGAGCCCCCAGGUGCUGCUCUGUUCUGCCCGACAACAAGCAGCAGCCAAUCACCACGGUAGAACAGCCCGCCAAGCCCCGGCCAAUCCUCAAUCGACACAUAACCCUCUCAGCUACCCCAGCAGUCUGCCCAGAGACGGACAGCCUAUCCUAGGCUCCCAUGACACACCGUCAGCCCUGUGCCCACGCCCCGUCCACCCCCUAUAAAAUCCUCCUACCCCAGCUACGCAGCCACAGCCAGCCCAGAUCCUCUUCCUUCCCUGGCCUGCCCGCUGGUCUCAAUAAACCUGAAUUCGGCUUCCAACUCUCGAGCUGUUACUUGGGAUCGGGUACCGGGCAGGGGUCUACAAGGGGUCGCACAAUUACAUUAUGGUCUGAGAGGCUUUGUUACAAUUUCAGUUCUUUUGCAUUUGCUGAGGGGUGUUUUAAUUCUAAUUAUGUGGCUGAUUUUAGAGUGAGUGCCAUGUGGCACUCAGAAUAAUGUAUAUUCUGUUGUUUUGGGGUGGGGAGUUCUACAGAUAUCUAUUAGAGUCACUUGAUCCCGAGUUGAGUUCAAGUCCUGAAUAUUCUUUUUAUUUUUUAUUUUUCUUUGAGACGGAGUCUUGCUGUCGCCUAGACUGGAGUACCAUGGUACAAUUUCAGCUUACUGCAACCUGUGCCUCUCGGGUUCAAGCGAUUCUCUUGCCACAGCCUCCUGAGUAGCUGGGAUUACAGGCGCCUGCCACCACACCUGACUACUUUUUGUAUUUUUUUAGUAGAAGUGGGGUUUUACCAUGUUGGUUGAGCUGGUCUGAAACUCCUGACCUCACCGUCCUCCUGCUUUGGCCUCCUAAAGUACUGGGAUUACAGGCGUGAGCCACUGCACUUGGCCAUAUCCUUUUAAUUUUCUGUCUCGUUGAUUUGUCUAAUAGUGACAGUGGAUGUUAAAGUCUCCCAGUAUUAUUGUGUGGGAAUAUAAGUCUCUUUGUAGUUCUCUAUGAACUUGUUUUAUGAAUUGGGGUGCUCUUGUAUUGGUUACAUACAUAUUUAGGAUGGUUAGCUUUUCUUCUUGUUGAACUUAUCCCUUUAACUUUAUAUAAUGACCCUCUGUCUUUUUUGAUCUUUGUUGGUUUAAAGUCUGUUUCCUCAGAGACUAGAAUUGCAACUUCUCCUUUUUAAUGCUUUUCAUUUGCUUUGUAAAUUUUCCACCAUCCCUCUAUUUUGAGCUUCUUUGUGUCUUUGCACAUGAGAUGGGUGUCUUGACUACAACAUACUGAUGGUUCUUAACUCUUUAUCCAAUUUGCCAGUUUGUGUCUUUUAAUUCGGACAUUUAGUCUGUUUACAUUUAGGGUUAAUGUUGUGUGUGAGUUUGAUCCUGUCAUGAUGCUAGCUGGUUAUUUUUCAUACUAGUUGAUGCUUUUCUUCACUGAGUCAUUGGUCUUUAUAUUUUUGUGUGUUUUUCUAUGGCUGGUAACGGUUUUGCUUUUCCAUAUUUAGUGUUUCCUUUAGGAGCUCUUGCAAGGCAGGCCUGGUGGUGACAAAGUCCCUCAGCAUUUGCUUGUCUGAAAAGGAUCUAAUUUCUCCUUUACUUAUGAAGCCUAGUUUGGCUGGAUAUAAAAUUCUGAGUUGAAAGUAUUUUUUUAAGAAUGUUGAAUUUUGGCCCCCACACUUUUCUGACUUCUAGGGUUUCUGCUGAGAGAUCCUUGCUAUUCCUUUUCUUUUUUCUUUUUUUUUUUUUUUUUUGAGAUGGAGUUUCACUCUUGUUACCCAGGCUGGAGUGCAAUGGCAUGAUCUCAGCUCACCGCAACCUCCGCCUCCUGGGUUCAGGCAGUUCUCCUGCCUCAGCCUCCUGAGUAGCUGGGAUUACAGGCAUGUGCCACCAUGCCCAGCUAAUUUUUUGUAUUUUCAGUAGAGACGGGGUUUCACCAUGUUGACCAGGAUGGUCUUGAUCUCUUGACCUCGUGAUCCACCCGCCUUGGCCUCCCAAAGUGCUGGGAUUACAGGCUUGAGCCACCACGCCCGGCCGAUCCCUGCUAUUCUUAUGGGCUUCCCUUUGUAGGUAACCUGACCUUUCUCUGGCUGCCCAUAACAUUUUUUCCUUCGUUUUGACCUUGCAGAAUCUGAUUAUGUGUCUUGGAGUAUCUUGUGGAGUAUCUUUGUGGUGGUCUCUGUAAUUCCUGAAUUUGGAUGGUUUCUUGUUUUGCUUGGUUGGGGAUAUCUCCUGGAUAAUAUCCUGCAGUGUGUUUUCCAACUUGGUACCAUUCUCCUUGUCUUUUUCAGGUACUCCAAUCAGUUGUAGAUUCAGAUUUUUCACAUAGUCCCCUAUUUCUCAGAGGGUUUGUUCAUUCCUUUUUAUUCUUUCUCUCUAAUCUUGUCUGCCUGCUUUAUUUCAGCAAGAUAGUCUUCAUCUCUGAUAUUCUUUCUUCUGUUUGAUCCAUUUGGCUGUUGAGACUUGUAUAUGCUUCAUGAAGUUCUCGUGCUGUGUUUUUCAGCUCUCUCAGGUCAUUUAUGUUCAUCGCUAAACUGCUUAUUCUAGUUAACAUCUCCUCUAAUCUUUUUUUAAGGUUCUGAGCUUCUUUGCAUUGGGUUAGAACAUGCUCCUUUACCUCAGUGAAGUUUGUUAUUACCCAUCUUGUGAAGCCUACUUCUGUGAAUUUGUCCAUGUCAUCCUCUUUCCAAUUCUGUGUCCAUUGCUGGAGAGAUGUUGCAAUCAUUUGGAGGAGAAGAGGCACUCUGACCUUUUGGGUUUUCAGCAUUUUUUGGUUGACUUUUUCUCAUUUCAUGAGUUUGUCUAGUUUUGAUCUUUGAGGCUGCUGACCCAUGGAUGAGGUUUUUGUGGGUACUUGUUUUGUUGAUGGUGUCGUUGCUUUCUGUUUUUCUUUCAGUAGUCAAGUUCCUUUUCUGUAGGGCUGCUGUGGUUUGCUGGGGCUUGAUUCAGUCCCUGUUGAUCUCGUUUGCUUCUGCACCUUGAGAUGUCACUCAGGAACACUGGAGAACAGCCGAGAUGGGUCCCUGCUCCUUCCUCUGGAAUCUCUGACCUUGAGGGGCACCAACCUGAUGCUAGUAAAUGCUCCUGAUGGGAUGUCUGAUAUCCCCUGUUGGGGAGUCUGACCCAUUUGGGUGGCACGGGAAGCAGGACCCAUUUAACAUGGCACUUUGGCUGUCCCUUGGUGGAAGGGGUUUGCUACACUCGGGGGAAACCCACUCGUCUGGGCUGCCCAGAUUCCUCAGAGCUAGCAGGAGAAAAGAUUAAGUCCACCCUUCUCCCUAGGGGCUGAAGUCCAGGGAGAUCGGAGUUCUGUUCCUAAGUCCCUGGAUACAGUUGGAGUUCCUGCAGGGAGGCCCUGCAGCUGUAGCGUUGGCUGCUGCCCCUCCUCCAAGGAUCUCAGACUGCUUAGACUGCAGACAGCUGCAGCAGUGGUGUUGGCCACUCCUCUGUCUGGGAACUCAUCAGGCUUAGGUUGAUUCUAGCCAAAUGGCUAUUGAGACUGUGCACCUUCCUGAUUGAGACCCAAGACCCCAAUGGCAUGGGCUCCCUAGUGGGAUCUUCCGAUCUGUGGGUUGCAUAGUUCUGUGGAAAAAGCAUGGUUUCCCAGACAGGGUGGCACUCUCACUCACCAUCUCCCUUGGCUGGGAGUGGGGGCUUUCCUGCCCCUUGUCGCUUUCAGGUGGGCUGCUGCACUAUACUUUUCUUCUUUUCUCUGCAUAGGUCAUGCCAGCCACCUAGUCAAUCCUUAUAACAGAAUCUGGAUACCUCAGUUGCUGAUGCAGGAUUUGUACACUGUUUUGGAUCUUUUGGAUGGGAGCCUCCUAUUGCCAUUGCUUCUAGUUGGCUUUCUUGGCAUGCCCCUCCCCCUUUUAAUUUAUAUUAUAAAAUCCGGCUUGGCAUGGUGUCUUAGGCCUGUAAUUUCAGCACUUUGGGAGGCCGAGGCAGAUGGAUCACUGAGGCCAGGAGUUCAAGACCAGCCUGGCCAACAUGGUAAAACCCGUCUCUACCAAAAAAAUACAAAAAUUAGCUGGGUGUGGUGGUGCAUGCCUGUACUCCCAGCUACUCAGGAGGUUGAGGCAGGAGAAACAUUUGAACCUGAGAGGUUGAUGUUGCAGUGAGCCAACAUAGCACCACUGUACUCCAGCCUGGGCAACAGAUUGAGACCCUGUCUUAAAAAAAAAAGUCUGGCCAGGCGCGGUGGGCUCAAGCCUGUAAUCCCAGCACUUUGGGAGGCCGAGGCGGAUGGAUCACGAGGUCAAGAGAUCGAGAUCAUCCUGGUCAACAUGGUGAAACCCCAUCUCUACUAAAAAUACAAAAAAUUAGCUGGGCAUGGUGAUGCGUGCCUGUACUCCCAGCUACUCAGGAGGUUGAGGCAGGAGAAUUGCCUGAACCCAGGAGGCGGAGGUUGCGGUGAGCUGAGAUCGCGCCAUUGCACUCCAGCCUGGGUAACAAGAGCGAAACUCCGGCUCAAAAACAAAAAAGUCUGUCAUCUCUCUUUAAUAUUUCUAUCUGUGUCACAGGUAUAUUUGCUCUACUCUAGACUUUGCUUCAGAUUGUCUGUCUCAUUAUUUCUCUGUUUUUUUUUUAACUACACCAAGUCAAGUCUUUCUUCCACAGGAGCAAUUCAUACAGCAUAGAAAUACGCAAAUUAUGCCUACCAUGCCUGAGACAGUCUUGCUUUGUUACCAGGCUGGAGUGCAGUGGUGAGAUCUCAGCUCACUGCAACUUCUGCCUCCCAGGUUCAAGCAAUUCUCCUGCCUCAGCUUCCCAAGUAGCUGGAACUACAGUUGUGCACUGCCACACUCAGCUAAUUUUUGUAUUUUUAAGAGAGACAGCGUUUCACCAUGUUGGCCAGGAUGGUCUCGAUCUCUUGACCUCGUGAUCUGCCUGCCUUGGCUUCCCAAAGUUCUGGGAUUACAGGUGUGAGCCACUGCACCUGGCCAAGGGUGCCCUCUUAUGCAGGCACCCAUGUAACCUCUUGUGAAGUCAUAAGAGUAAUACCUUAAUCCAGUAGAAUUGAUGGUCUUAAAAGAAAAGGAAAGGAGAGAGAGCUGCCUGUCUCUAUUAUAUAAGGACACAUCAAGAAGGUGUCAUCUGUAAACCAGGAGGAGAUACCUCAUUAGGAAAUGAUUUGACUGGCACCUUGAUCUUGGACGUUUCAGUCUCCAGAAAUGUGAGAAACAAAAUUUCUGUUGUUUGAGUCACCCAGUCUGUGGAAUGUAUUAUGACAGACACAGCUAACUAAUACAGGAAGGAAGGACCAGGUUUUGGGUGAACAGAAAUAUAACCUGCCACACACUGUCUAUUCUUGUUCAGUUUUCCACAAAAGUGUUUUUCUGGCUUAUCUAUAUCUAAGAAUGUGUUGUUUUCAUAGGAUGAUAUUAAAGUAUUACACUGACUUAGGAAGAAUUGGCUUCUUUAUGAUGUAGACUCUUCCUGUUCAUAAACAUAGUGUUUCUUUUUAUUUGCUUAAUUCUCUUUUGUAUCCCUCAGUUUUUCCCCCCUCCCACCAUGUAGCUCUAUGCUAAUUUUGUUAAAUGUACUGCUAUAUGCAUUGUCUUAUUGUAAUAUGAAUAUUAUUACAUGUAUGAAGACUUUUUAUCGUCUGGUUAUAUAUUGAGCUUUCUAAUUUGGAAUAGUUUUAGAAGAAUCUCUUGGGUUUUCUAGGUUUAAAUCAUAUGCAAAUCAUAGUCUUUCUCAUUUUGGUUUUUCUUCAUUUGAAUUGAACAGUACCUCUUGUACAGUGCUGAAUAUUUCUAGAGAUGGAGCAUAGGUGUCUUCCAGUGUUGCCUCCUUAAGUGUGAUGCUGCUCUUUGGACUCAGAUAUGUCUAUUUUAACAUUUGAAGAAUGCCUUUUAUUACAAAUGGGAUGAUUUAUUAUGAUUUUUUCUUAUACUUUAAGUUCUGGGAUACUUGUGCAGGUCUUGCAGGAAUGUUACAUAGGUAUACACCUGCCAGUACACCUGCUAUUGUGGUUUGCUGCAGCCAUCCCCCAUCACCUACGUUAGGUAUUUCUCCUAAUGUUAUCCCUCCCCAAUCCCCCCAGCCCCCCAACAGGCCCCGGUGUGUGAUGUUCCCCUCCCUGUGUCUAUGUGUUCUCAUUGUUCGAACGCCCACUUAUUAGUGAGACCAUGCAGUGUAUAGUUUUCUGUUCUUGUGUCAGUUUGCUGAGAAUGAUGGUUUCCAGCUUCAUCCAUGUCCCCGCAAAGGACAUGAACUCAUCCAUUUUUAUGGCUGCAUCGUAUUCCAUGGUGUAUACAUGCCACAUUUUCUUUAUCCAGUCUAUCAUUCAUGGGCAUUUGGGUUGGUUCCAGGUCUUUGCUGUUGUAAACAGUGCCACAGUGAACAUACGUGUGCAUGUGUCUUUAUAAUAGAACGAUUUAUAAACCUUUGGGCAGAUACCCAGUAAUGGGAUUGCUAGGUCAAAUGGAUUUCUAUUUCUAGGUCCUUGAGGAAUCACCACACUGUCUUCCACAGUGGUUGAACUAAUUUACACUCCCACCAAUAGUGUAAAAGGGUUCCUGAGAAGCCAGUGGAGCCCCUCAACACCUCGGAUAGCUGCCAGGCACACAUGGUGCCCCUGGCUUCCCCAGAGACCCCAGGAAGGGCUCCUUCUUAACAAAAUGGGGGUCCCACUCUUACCCACACAUGCAGUGAUAUCCACACACAUCAGAGAAUGAAACUCUUGCUGUGCUGAUGUGAGAGAUGAAUAUCCCUGCCCCACAUUUCCCAGUGUCAUCCCCACAUGGUGCUGAGCUUGGGGUGCCCAAGCCAACAGCCCACUGAUGCAGCAGCCUGAGGGAUACUGUGCCCUGGAGGGACCUGCGGGGCCUCAGGGGCAUUUCGCAGUUAGAGCAUCUCCUUGACUUUGUCAUUCACUGGCCCUGUGCUGAGUUUCCUCCACUGUAACACAAGGGAGAAAUUCCACCCCACAGAGCUGGGGACCCAGCAAGGCCAGGACACCAGGUUAAAUGGCUGGAAUGUACAAAAGCUGGCCGAGAGGCCCUGCCCAGGGUAUCUCACCCUGGGACUGAGGCCCACCAGUCCAUGGCUAGGCCAGUCUAUUGGGGAGGGCUCCCAGUUCCAAGUCCCUGCAGUUGAGGCCCACAGUGCACCGGGAGAGGCACAGGAUGGGAUGGAGUGUGGAAUGACGCCCCGUUAUAAGAGCCCCGGGCAGAAUUUAGAGAACCAGCAUUAUACUGAGACUUGAGCUUAGACUGCUGUCUUCCACAUUUAAGGACCCUUGUAAUUACGUUAGGCCAGGCUUAGAAUUCAAGUUAAUAUUCUUACUUUAGAGUCACCUGAUCACCAACCUGUAUUUCACCUGCAGCAUUAAUUAUGCGUUGUUAUAUACCGUGAUACAUUUCUAGGCCCUGGGGGUGAGACAUAGGCAUCUUUUAUAGCAUUAUUUCACUUACCACAGGGCUAAUUAACUACGUCUUUAAAAUAAUCCUGACUUUUCCAGUUUUGUUUCUAUCCCGGCAUACUACGUAAACUUUUUUUUUUUAAUCUGAGUAGGAAAUCGCUAAAAUCCAACUCUCAAUGUUAAAGGACAAAGAUCACCUUUCUCUGCUUUAUGACAUCGAUGUAUUUGCAUUAAAAUAAUUGCAUGGCAGUCCUUUUCUUGAGACUUUAUAGCAGAAUACUUUCUCAUAUCUUGGAAAAAUACUAAUUUCUCUAAUAGUAAAGAUAAUUCCCCAUGUCUUAAGGAAGAUAUCUCUGUAUUAGAAUCCUUUAUAAACACACAAUUUCACUGAAUAAUUUUGUAAUUACUGUCUCUUAUUAUUGUCCUAGAUACAUGUACGUAAGUGCAGUAUAUUAGGAAAGUGAGUCACAUAUAGUGAAUUCACAGAGAUUUACAGAUAUACUGUGUAUAAGUCAUAUCCCAUAAAGAAAUAAUGAAAUUAGAUAAAAUAACAUAGGUAAGAAUUUUAAUGUUUUUCUCUCUCUCCCCAUGGGGUAAGCAGAUCAUACACUCUAAUUCAUGCCACACAUUCUCUAAAUGUUUAACUCAUACUGCAAAAGCAUGUUAUUGUUAUCUGGUGAAUUAUUAAACGUGUUCUUUAAUGAGA